AUGCUCUCCGGUUUCCACCUGCACUGCUCUCUGCCGGCUUUUAUCAUUUAUGAUUUAGUUUUCCAAGUUCACAAGCUGCAGUCAGCUCCGCUCAAUGUGACGGUAUCCCCCGGCCCCAUCACCGUGCCCAUGGGUGAGGACGUGGUGUUGCCCUGCCACUUCUCCCUGGAGCAGCGCGCACAGGACACGGAGGUGAUCUGGUUUCGGGAACACUUCUCACCCUUUGUGCAUCGCUACAAGGGGGGCCAGGACCAGUACGGGGAGCAGAUGCUUCAAUACCAAGGGCGCACUGAGCUACUGAAGGAUGGCCUCACCAAGGGCAGCGUGGACUUGAAAAUAUUCCAUGUCCAACUGUCUGACAGAGGGAAUUACACCUGCUUUGUUCGCCGUGACUCGGAUUACGAUGAGGCUGUGGUGGAGCUGAAGGUGACAGCCAGCGGCUCUGCCCCGCUCAUUGUGCUGGAGCGCUACCAGGAUGGGGGGAUCCAGGUGGCCUGUCGCUCGGCUGGCUGGUACCCACAGCCCCAGGUGCUGUGGCAAGCUCCCCAUGGGCAGCAUCUCCCACCCCUCUCGGAGAGCGUUACCCAGGACAAGAACGGCCUCUUCGCAGCAGAAAGCAGCAUAAUUCUCACCAGGGGCGCGAACCAGAAACUCUCCUGCUCGGUCCGACAUGCCCUGCACGGCCAAGAACAGGAAUCAGCUUUUUACAUAUCAGAUCCUUUUUUCCAAAAUGCCCAUCCUUGGAUGACCGCUCUCGGCAUCGUCCUGGUUGCUGUGGUCGCUCUCCUUAUUAUCACUGUUUAUCUAUUUAGAAUUAAAGGAAAACAUGAGAAAAAAAUAGCAAUGCAAGAGGCAGCACUGCGGGACCGUGAUGCAGAAAUCGAGCAGCAAGCUGAAGAACUUGCAUGGAGAAGAUAUGCAGUGCCUAUAGAAGAAGUGAAGGUGAUUCUGGACCCAGACACAGCCCACUGCGACCUUGUCCUGUCUGAUGACUGCAAAAGCGUGAAACGUGAAGACACACGGCAGGACGUGCCCGACAAGCCUGAGAGAUUUAACCCGUGGCGCUGCGUGCUGGGCCGUGAAGGCUUCACCUCAGGGAGAUACUACUGGGAGGUGGAGGCGGUGGAUGGAGGAGGAUGGACUGUGGGGGUCUCUCGAGAAGAUGUGAAAAGGAAGGGCGAGAUAGAGUUCAAACCUGAGGAGGGCAUCUGGGCAGUGGGGCAGUGGGCAGGGCGCUUCCAAGCUCUUACGUCCCCUAAUCGCACUCUCCUUGAAAUCCAGACUCCGAAGCGGAUCCGAGUAUCUCUGGAUUAUGAAGAGGGACGGGUGGCAUUUUUCAGUAUUGAUGAGGAGAUUCCUAUCUUCACAUUUCCACUGGCAUCAUUCGAGGGGAUAAGAGUCCACCCUUGGAUCUGGCUGGGUCCUGGGACAUGGCUCAGAAUGUGGCCCUGA